AUGUGGUCAUCACCAUUAUGGUCACCAUCAUCACCAUCAUGGAUAUCGUCAUCAUCAUCAUGGAUGUGGUCAUCACCAUUAUGGUCACCAUCAUCACCAUCAUGGAUAUCAUCAUCACCAUCAUCAUGGAUGUGGUCAUCACCAUUAUGGUCACCAUCAUCACCAUCAUGGAUAUCAUCAUCACCAUCAUCAUGGAUGUGGUCAUCACCAUUAUGGUCACCAUCAUCACCAUCAUGGAUAUCAUCAUCACCAUCAUCAUGGAUGUGGUCAUCACCAUUAUGGUCACCAUCAUCACCAUCAUGGAUAUCAUCAUCACCAUCAUCAUGGAUGUGGUCAUCACCAUUAUGGUCACCAUCAUCACCAUCAUGGAUAUCAUCAUCAUCAUCAUGGAUGCGGUCAUCACCAUAA